UUGGAAAAGGCAAGGUCUGUAUUUCCUUCUCUUUUUCUCAUUCUCUAAAGUAAUGUGCACUUCAAUUUUUUUCUCUAUUCCGGAAGAAAAGAAAAGGGGAUUUCUAGUGUGUUUAAAGAUUUAAAACUGAAAACAGGGGAGCUCAUAACACGCAAAGCACAUCUAGUUUCUGAUGACUCUAAGGAAUAUUUCCACCUUGACAUUCCUACUGGAAAUCUGUUGAUUGGUAAUAAAAUAGACAGAGAAGCUUUAUGUGGCCAGAAUGACCCUUGUUUACUUUUAACUCAAAUUGUACUAGAAAAUCCCUUAGACAUUUUAAAUAUUGAAAUCAAGAUAGAAGAUGUGAAUGACAAUAUACCCAAAUUUUGGAAAACCGAAAUGGAGGUGAACAUUCCAGAGAAUAUUCCUAAAAGUACAACAUUCCACUUGGAAUCUGCUGAAGAUGAGGAUCUGGGAGAAAAUAGCAUUCAAAACUAUUCUCUCAGUCCUAAUGAGCAUUUUCAGCUUCAAGUACAUAAACAGGAAGAUGGAAGUAACAAUAUGUAUCUUACUUUUAAAAAAGCAUUAGAUAUGGAGAAGAUGCCUCAUCUUGGACUGACUCUAAUGGCUAUUGAUGGCGGUAUACCACAGAAAAUAGGCACAAUGCAAAUUAAUAUCAAUGUUUUAGAUAUUAAUGAUAACUUCCCUCAGUUUAGCAAGUCUGAAUAUAAGGUAAAAAUAAAGGAAAACAUUUUUGAGGGAACUAUGGUGACUAAAGUGGAAGCUACAGAUCUUGAUUUUGGUUCAAAUGCACAGAUACUUUAUUUAUUUUAUCAAGUGCCUGAAAGAAUAAACAAUUUGUUUCUUUUAAAUGAAAAAAAUGGAGAAAUCACUGUUUGGGGUCAAAUUGAUUAUGAAAAAGAAAAGACUUAUAGCAUGAACAUCAAAGCAACAGAUGGAGGGGGUCUUUCGGGGCACUGCAAGGUACUGAUAGAGGUUGAAGAUGAGAAUGACAACUCUCCAGAAGUAUCCAUCAUAUCUCUGAUCAGCACUUUAAAGGAGGACUCUCCGCCAGACACAAUGGUGGCCCUCUUCAGUGUGAGAGACCAAGAUUCUGGAGACAACAGCAAAAUGGUCUGCUCGGUGCAGAUGAAUCUCCCUUUUGUGCUGAAAGUCACCAUGAACAACUUUUAUCAGCUUGUGCUCCAAAGUCCCCUAGACAGAGAGAUGGUCACUGGAUACAACAUCACCAUCACUGCCAUUGACUGGGAAUCUCCUAGGCUCACUUCAACAAGACUGAUUAAGGUUCAGAUCUCCGAUGUCAAUGAUAACUCUCCCCUUUUUGAAAAGUCCAAAGAGGAGGCUGGGGUGCAUGUCACCAUCGACACCCCUGCAGCCUAUACCAUGUCUGACAAGUGGCUGUCCAGUGUCUUCAGUCCCACAUAG